AGAACACCACAAGUGAAGCACCUAGUACAGUGCCUGCCUUACUGAAGGGGCUCAAAUAUUUAGGCCCUCUUCACCAAGAAGCAGAAGAGGAAAGGUGUCCAGUAGUGAACAGGUUAGGCAUGGAAAUGCAAGAGGGCUGAGCAGAAACCUCUGAGACCCCAGUGUGCUUGGAUUUCUAAAACUGCCGGCCGCCUGCUCUGUCCUGGAGCAAACUUGAGUUAGAGAGAUGGGGGUGACACACCAAGAGCCGGCCAAAGCCAGGCCCUCCCCCGCUGCCUGAAUGGACCAGCCCCGAAUGACAUCACAAUCCCGGGUGGUUGUCAUGGCACUGCUGGAGGUGGGGAAUCUCAUUUCUCCCCAGGGAGCUCUAGGCUGUGGAUGUGAGAAGGGGAGCAAGGGAGGCAGAUGGCGACAAGGAACAGCCCCAUGCCCCUGGGCACGGCUCAGGGUGACCCUGGAGAGGCAGGAACACGGCCCGGACCUGACGCCGGCCUCCAGGACACAGGUGCAGCCACUCAGCUCAAGAUGAAGCCCAGGAAGGUGCACAAGAUCAAGGCGGUCAUCAUCGACCUGGGCUCCCAGUACUGCAAGUGCGGCUACGCGGGAGAGCCGAGGCCCACCUACUUCAUCUCCUCCACCGUGGGCAAACGCUGCCCCGAGGCGGCCGACGCUGGCGACACCCGCAAGGGGACCUUAGUGGGCCAUGAGCUGCUCAACACGGAGGCACCUCUCAAGCUGGUGAACCCGCUGAAGCACGGCAUCGUGGUGGACUGGGACUGCGUGCAGGACAUCUGGGAGUACAUCUUCCGCACGGCCAUGAAGAUCCUCCCCGAGGAGCACGCUGUGCUGGUCUCCGACCCUCCGCUCAGCCCCAGCAGCAACCGGGAGAAGUACGCGGAGCUCAUGUUUGAGACCUUCGGCAUCCCAGCCAUGCACGUGACGUCCCAGUCGUUGCUGUCCAUCUACUCCUACGGCAAGACCUCCGGGCUGGUGGUGGAGAGCGGGCACGGCGUCUCGCACGUGGUGCCCAUCUCCGAGGGCGACGUGCUGCCAGGCCUGACCAGCCGCGCCGACUAUGCUGGGAGUGACCUCACCAACUACCUGAUGCAGCUGCUCAACAAGGCGGGCCACGCAUUCACGGACGACCACCUGCACAUCAUAGAGCACAUCAAGAAGAAGUGCUGCUAUGCGGCCUUCCUGCCCGAGGAGGAGCUGGGCCUGGUCCCGGAGGAGCUGCGCGUGGACUACGAGCUCCCAGACGGCAAACUCAUCACCAUUGGCCAGGAGCGCUUCCGCUGCUCUGAGAUGCUCUUCCAGCCCUCUCUGGCAGGCAGCACCCAGCCGGGCCUCCCGGAGCUCACGGCUGCCUGCCUGGGCCGCUGCCAGGACACGGGCUUCAAGGAGGAGAUGGCCGCCAACGUGCUGCUGUGUGGCGGCUGCACCAUGCUGGAUGGCUUCCCCGAGCGCUUCCAGAGGGAGCUGAGCCUCCUCUGCCCCGGGGACAGCCCUGCAGUGGCUGCCGCUCCUGAGAGGAAGACCUCCGUGUGGACCGGCGGCUCCAUCCUGGCCUCCCUGCAGGCCUUCCAACAGCUCUGGGUCAGCAAGGAAGAGUUUCAGGAGCGGGGCAGCAUGGCCAUCUACAGCAAGUGCUGAGCCUCGGCAUCUCCACAGACAAGGCCUCCAGCACAGGUGGCCACAGGCCACUCUAUACACGUUUACAGAAUUUCUCAUAAAGCUUUCCUCUGAAAUGGC